AGAUGGCCCACUCUGUUGAUCGGAGCUUCUGCCCCUCGCGUUGUUUUGAAAGAGGGGUUUGUUUCGCUAAAGGGGCCAAUUACAUCUGCGUCUGCUACGACAUGGAUGUAUGUUCGAAAGAUUGUGCUAUUCCUGCUAUUGGCUCACCUACGCAGGACCCAUGUUUAUUAUCUGCUAUGGGCAGUGAUUGCGGCUUUCGCGGUUGCGACGUUGGCGUCAGCUGUAUCUAUUCGCCAAGUCGUCCGUGCAUGCCGCACUCGGCGCUGGAAGCCCGGGCCGAUAAACCGGUGAUUUCCGUCUUGGUUUGUGAUCCCUUGGGCAGGUAACGGCAUGACGUGCACGGAAUUUUGUUAUGUUGUUUUGUGCUUGUUCGUGAUGCCGUUGUUUUUUUUUGAGUGAUGAGGUUUAUUACGGUAUGCUGGUGCUAACUUUACGGUAACAAUGUGCAAUAUAUUUUUUUCUGUCAUGUUUCAUGAUAUACUGUUAAUAAAGGAAUGCUGG